AUGGCGAGGUUACCAAAGGCCGAUUUGGCAGCUGCAGGAGUUGUGUUACUUUGCCACUUUUUAAUGGACGGGUUUCAGUUCGCCGAAGGGGAGACCUCCCGAAACCAGAUAAAUGAUUGGCGAUAUGGAGUGACUCAGGCCUUCCCUCAAACAGAGGAUGAGGUGGAAGUGUAUUCACAAGUUGACAGGCACAGGUGGAGAAGAAACUUAGACUUUCUCAAGGCGGUCGACACGAACCGAGCAAGCCUGGGUCCUGAUUCUACAGAGCCUAGAGGCUUCUCGGACCUUCUCAUGGAUGAUGGACAGGACAACAACACGCAGAUUGAGAGAGUGAAUCUGUCCUUCAAUUUUCCAUUUUAUGGUCAUUCCCUGCGUGAAAUCACUGUGGCAACUGGGGGUUUUAUAUACACUGGAGAAGUUGUACAUCGAAUGUUAACAGCCACGCAGUACAUAGCACCUUUAAUGGCAAAUUUUGAUCCCAGUGUGUCCAGAAAUUCAACAGUCAGAUAUUUUGAUAAUGGCACCGCACUUGUUGUCCAGUGGGAUCAUGUACAUCUCCAAGACAAUUACAACCUGGGAAGUUUCACGUUCCAGGCAACCCUACUCACUGAUGGACGUAUAAUCUUUGGAUACAAGGAAAUUCCUGUCUUGGUCACACAGAUAAGUGCCACCAAUCACCCAGUGAAAGUGGGGCUGUCUGAUGCAUUUGUCGUUGUCCACAGGAUCCAGCAAAUUCCCAAUGUUAGAAGAAGAACAAUUUAUGAGUACCAUCGAGUAGAGCUACAGAUGUCAAAAAUUACAAACAUUUCAGCUGUGGAGAUGACUCCAUUACCUACAUGUCUCGAGUUUAAUGAGUGUGACUCCUGUGUAUCCUCUCAGAUUGGCUUCAAUUGCAGUUGGUGUAGUAAACUUCAAAGAUGUUCCAGUGGAUUUGAUCGUCAUCGGCAGGACUGGGUGGACAGUGGAUGCCCUGAAGAGUCAAAAGAGAAGAUGUGUGAGGACACAGAGCCAGAGGAAACUUCUUCUCCAACCACAACGAUCAGAGCGACAACCACACAAUUCAGGGUCUUAACCACCACCAGAAGAGCAUCAACAGCCCAACUGCCAACCAGCCUGCCCACAGAAGAUGAUACCAAGAUUGCACUACAUCUCAAAGAUAAUGGAGCUUCCACAGAUGACAGUGCAGCUGAGAAGAAAGGAGGAAGUCUUCAUGCUGGCCUCAUCGUUGGAAUUCUCAUCCUGGUCCUCAUUAUCGCAGCAGCUAUUCUUGUGACAGUCUACAUGUAUCACCAUCCGACUUCAGCAGCCAGCAUCUUCUUUAUUGAGAGACGUCCAAGCAGAUGGCCUGCAAUGAAGUUUCGAAGAGGUUCUGGACACCCUGCAUAUGCUGAAGUAGAACCAGUGGGAGAAAAAGAAGGUUUUAUUGUAUCCGAGCAGUGCUAAAAGUUCUAGGACAGAGCUGCACCAGUACUGGCCUACAGGUGUUAAGACUAAAAUUUUGCCUAUACUUUUAAGACAAAUAAACAAACAUACAUACAAAGGAGCCCUAAGCUGCUGUAGCCUGAAGGUGACAAGAUUUCUGGACAAGCCCAGCCCAGGAAGGGUAAAAGAAAAAAAAAAAAAUCCAACUUACACAAGAUACCAUAUUAUCACUGAACAGAUGUAAUUCCACUAAGGAAUUCUGUGUAGUUCACUCAGAACAUCUCCUGUGGACUUUACUGAAGUACGACAAGAUUACAGCACUAUUGGUUUAGAUGCAGGGUAGCCAAGGGAUGGAUAAAAUAAUGUUGUUAACAGCUUUAGUUCUCAAGGGAUC